ACCAUUAGACGACUGAUCCGCAUUAACCAACAUUAAUCCUCUCAAAUCGAUCGAUACAUAUUUUUCUUCUUCAUGAUCUUCCCUUUUGCUUCGCUAUGAAUAUGGUCUUCAUAUAUAGGGCCCUAACCAAAAACAGAUUAGUGCUCUCAGGGAAGAAUCUGGUCGCGGGAUUGGGACGUGUGAAAAUCUGUGGAGGGAAGCUGUGGCAGCUUGGAAACAGCCAUUACUCGCGGAGGAAAAUCAUGAGGGGAAAGCAGGUUUCAGGAAGAGUGCUGUUGGUGCUAUGUGUUGCAAGUUUUCUUGCAGGAUCACUGUUUUGUACCAGCCGCAUGACAUGGACGACUCAAGUGCAUUCUCCAAAUAAAGAAGCUGAUCAUCAGUUUCCCAUCAUUUCCAGCCGCAUAAAGAAGCUAGAGGCCUCAUCAUCAGUCGCACAAGAUAAAGAUUGCGAUCUCAAGCGGAAAUUGGUCGAAGGAAAAUCCGAGGAUGAUAUUAUGGCAGAGAUGACAAAAACCCAUCAAGCUAUCCAAUCGUUAGAUAAAACAAUUUCAACGCUGGAGAUGGAAAUAGCAGCAGCAAGAGCAAGCCAGAGAUUAGAGGGACAACUCAAGUUAGACGACGGUGCGUCAAAUAAUGAUCCCACUACUCAUCCUAAGCAAAAAGCUUUCGUAUUCAUUGGAAUCAACACAGCUUUCAGCAGCCAAAAACGACGGAAAACAGUUCGAGAAACCUGGAUGCCCAGAGGAGAGAAGCUAAAGAAGUUGGAGAAGGAGAAGGGGAUUGUAAUAAGGUUUGUGAUAGGGCAGAGCGCAAUGCCGGGAGGCAUGCUUGAUAGGGCGAUCGAGGCAGAAGAGGCAGAGCACAACGACUUCCUUCGGCUCAACCAUGUGGAGGGCUACCAUGAACUCUCCACCAAGACCCGCCUGUAUUUCUCCACCGCCAUCUCCAUUUGGGAUGCUGAGUUUUAUGUCAAGGUCGACGAUGACAUCCAUGUCAAUCUUGGUAUGCUAGCGACCACACUUGCAAGGCACCGCUACAAACCCAGAAUUUAUAUUGGUUGCAUGAAGUCAGGCCCAGUUCUCUUCCAAAAAGGGGUGAAAUAUCACGAGCCAGAGUAUUGGAAAUUCGGAGAAGAAGGAAACAAAUACUUCAGACAUGCGACUGGCCAAAUCUAUGCCAUCUCGAAGGACCUGGCUACCUACAUCUCCAACAAUUUGCCAAUAUUACAUAGGUAUGCAAAUGAGGAUGUAUCAUUGGGUUCCUGGUUCAUUGGGCUUGAAGUCGAGCACAUUGACGACCGCUCCAUGUGUUGCGGGACCUCUCCAGAUUGCAAAAGGAGGGCACAAGCAGGGAAUGUAUGCGUGGCAUCAUUUGAUUGGAAGUGCAGUGGAAUAUGCAACUCCGCGGAGAGGAUGAAAGACGUGCAUAACUUGUGCGGAGAAGAAAAUGGCGCUGUUUGGAACGUUGAACUUUAAGUUUCAACUUUUAUUUCAUAUUAAAUAAUAAUAUAGGCUCAUCAUAGCUAUCUAUAUGCAUGCAUGUCUAUUCUAUAAUUUCUAUUAUUCUGUAGGUGGAUUGUUUAAUUAGUAUAUGUGGAUGAUAUGGAAUUAUCAAUUUAUGGACGGAGU